AUGUCUGUGCGGCCAAUAAUCACCUUCAAGGCCGGCAUUUGCGAGGUCGACCAAUCCAGCAAGCCAUACAAGGUGAAGCCAUCACCACGGACCGGCUACAUCUACCUUUAUCAAGCUUCCGACGAUGACCUCCUUCACUUCUGCUGGCGCGAGCGCAGCGUCCCCGCCGACCAGCCUGAACUCGACCUCACCAUGAUCCCCGGCGACGGCACCUUUGUACCCGUCGAACCCCCCGCCAACACCCCCUCCGCCAAGACCCAGGGCCGCAUCUUCGUCCUCAAGUUCGAGUCCUCCUCCACAAGACACCUCUUCUGGCUACAGUCACACCCCCAGAGCAGCAGUGGCGACGCUACGUGGCUCUCCCCACGCGACCGCAAGAUCGGCGAGACUGUGAACAACUUGCUGCAGGGCGACGAGGUCGACGUCAACGCGGAGCUCGCCUCGGUGCGGAAUGGAGGUGGCUCCGGCGGCCGGGACAGGGACGGCGACGAGUCCAUGGAGGAUUCUCAGGGCCAGGGCGGUGAGCACCAUGAGCCUGGAAGCGGUGGCGCUGGUGCGGAUGCCACAGGCGGUGAUGUUCGGGACGAGGGCGAGGAGGCGCGAGAGGGUGGCGCUGAUGGCGCAAGAGCAGCGAGCAACGUGGCCCCCGACGCGGCGGCGGCAGUGCGGAACUUCCUCGCCUCCCUCCAGGGCGGCCAGGGCGGCGUCCCGGGCGGGCAGCAAUCAGCAGAGGGCAAGGCGUACCCGCUCCUGAGCGACCUGCUGGAGGCGCCGACGACGGUGCCUAUGGUGCGGACGGCGGAGGAGAGCUACGUCGACAGUCUGCUGUACUUCCUGCCGCCGGUGGUGCUGGUGCUGGCGCAGCAGGGGGCGGACGGCCCCGGGGACGAGGUGGAGAACGAGCCGGGCGCGGAUUCGGCAGCGGCGGCUAUCGCGACCAUGAGCCUGGGCCAGAAGAAGGCGCUGCUCGAGAAGGUGCUGCGGUCGCCGCAGUUCCACCAGUCGCUGACCAGCCUGACCAUGGCGCUGCGCGACGGCGGGCUGCCGUCCAUCUCGGAGGCGCUGGGCGUCCGGGUCCAGAACGGGGGCUACAUGCGCGGCGGGAGCAUGCCACUCGGUGGCGGGGAGGCUGUGGAGGCGUUUGUGGAGGGCGUGAAGAAGAGUGUUCAGAAUCCGUGA